UUGUCAAACUUAAAUUUCAAUGUCAAAAUAUACCGAAAAGUAUAUAUAUAAAUAUAUCGUAAACGGUCACCCUAGUGCUAGCGUUUCGUUCAUGACGAUUGAACGAAUUUUACCCACUGAAGCCCCUUAAAUUUAAGCAGAUCUUUUCUCUUUUCGAAAAAAAGGCAGCACUCAAAUUAUUUAAGUUUCAUCAUCUUCGUGGAGUGUUUUUUAAUAACCACGGUCUUUAAUGGGUUAAUCGUUUUCUGUCCAUGACAUUUAUGUUGACGACAAAAAUGUUGCAACGUUUUCAAACGCAAGCAAAAGUGGAGAAUCCUCGCUAUGGGCAGCUGAUAAUAGGCCCCCCUGGCUCUGGCAAGACAACCUACUGUAAUGAGGCGUACAAGUUCUACCGCGAGCUGGGCCGGCAGGUUGGCGUCGUCAAUUUGGAUCCCGCCAAUGACAACAUGUCCUACGAGCCGGUCAUCAAUGUAAUGGAGCUGAUAACCGUUGAGGAUUGCAUGGAGCACCUGCAAUUGGGGCCCAAUGGAGCACUGAUGCACUGCGCCGAGUACUUGGAGAAGCACAUUGAGGAUUGGUUGUUGCCGGCACUGCGAAAACUCAGCGCCACCCACAACUACUUCCUGUUCGACUGUCCCGGACAGAUAGAGCUGUACACACAUCACAAUGCCAUGGCGCGGGUGUUCGAGCGCCUGGAGCGGGAGCGUUACAGCCUGGUCACAGUGAAUCUCAUCGACUCGCACUACUGCUCGGAGCCAGCCAAGUUCAUUGCCACCUUGCUGAUGGCACUCAACACCAUGAUGAGGAUGAGCUUACCGCAUGUAAAUGUCCUGUCCAAGGCGGACCUGCUGCGGAAGCACGAGUCGAAGCUACACUUCAAUGUGGACUACUACACGGACGUGCUGGAUUUGAAGUAUCUGCUGGAGAAGCUGGACGACGACCCUACCAUGCGCAAGUACCAGAAACUCAACGAGGCCAUCUGCUCCAUGGUGGAGGAUUAUGCCCUGGUCUCUUUCCAACUGCUAGACGCCUUCAGCACGGACAGCAUGCUGCGGCUACGCAAUCACAUCGAUAAGGCCAACGGCUAUGUUUAUAAGGCUGGAGAGGAGCAGACGGUCAACUCUCUGCUGGCCUGUGCCGUCGGAGCCGAGUCUGAGGCUGUGCGCCAGCAGAACGACGUUCAACCAUAUGUGGAGUAGCAUUCGCACCUCGGAAUCUUGCAAUCUUCCCACUAAACCUAGACAACAAUAGCAUACAUAAGCCACCACCUCCAAUGGGCUGUGAUAAUCCUUGUCUAAAAAGCAAGAUAGGCAUUGUAAAAUUUAAAUAAACGACCAUUUUACUUUAAAA